AUGGCCGAUGUCGACCCUUCGAUGAGCGAUGGCGAUGAUCACGGUGGUGAUGGGAACGGUACGAACGGCACGAACGGCACGAACGGCGCAAACGACUCGAACAAUGCCCACGUUUCGAACAAUGCGAAUGUGGAGAACAGCACUGAUGACGAAGACGUCGAAGAAGACCGAGAGAAUACCAACGAUGGCAGUGAAAGCGAUACUUCCACCGACGACAGUUCUGAGAUCGCCGAGCUACUCGCCAGCGAUACGGAAGGUGAAGUGUCCCACGAAGGGAUGACGCCGGAGCAAACCCAGGAGCUGGAGACGAUCAAGGACAAAUCACGCCGCCGACGGCAGCUCAUCCGGGCAUAUCAUGGACGGGUCCAAGAUCUGAAACGCAAGAAUCGGGAGCUCCGAGAGCAGAUCAAGGCUCUCAAAGAGCUGGUGAAGAUCGAACCGAAUGUGCUCCUGGCGCCUCUCAAGGCGUCGAGAUUUUGUCACUUCAUCGGCUGCAACAUCUUCUAUGGAAUGAACACGUUUGCGUUCUCAUCUCUUGGCGAAUUUGGCUUCUUCUGCAACGGAAUCGGAGCAAGACUGCAACGUCUGCAGCAUCUCGAGAUCCUGUGGACAGGCUCGCAAUGGCUGACAUACCCGAUUUCUGAUCAGGGAAAAUUCACCUCGCGCCGAACCAGGCCGCUGAUGCAUUUCACUCAGAUGCUCAGACUCAGAACCUUGGUGGUUCACCUGCAGGAGGGUGUGAGCGAUACCCUGGACAAGCGUUCUAUGUAUACCAGGCGCAACUAUGAGCCACGGCAGGUGAUGCGCUUCCUGCAGGCCAAGACGCUUGGACAAGAGAACGUCAGACUCUCUCGGAAUCUGCGCGGCCUGCAGGGUAUCGACAACAUCAGACUUCUUCGAGGCCUGGAGUCGGUACAGUUCCUCGACUGGGAUCGUUGGUUUGAACGACGAGUCCGUACGCCAAUCAAGGACCAAACCUUCCAGGACGACAUCAACCGGGUGGUUCUGCUGCCAAAGGAGAGCAAUGAGCUCGCCAAAUCGGCCCUGAGACGCCUAGCGCCCCUGAAUCGCCAUUGGGACCCUUCUGAGGAGCAAUGGGAAACACUCCGCGCUGUCUGCCCAGAAUUGGGUCGGCGUACUUGCACCGUGGCACCUGCCCGUCCUUCCCCGUCGCUCACGUUGCAGUCGAACGGAACCUCGUCCAACACCGCCAUCGUUCUGACCGAUUCUUCAGACGACACCGACUCAUCGGACGAUGACAGCUCCAGCUCCAGCUCUGACGGAAGCGGAAGCAGUGGACCCGCAGGUUCAGGGUCGAGUUCGGGAUCAGGUUCGGACGAUGACGGUUCUGACGACGACGGCGACAAUGUCGGUUCGGGCUCGGGCUCCAGCCGUACAGGAACUGUCGCCAGAACAAACACCGAGGAGGCUGGCUCGCGUUCUGCCGUCAUGGUAGACUUAACCGGGGAUAGUGAUGAGGAAAUGGAAGAUGCUCCUGGCAGCAGCCGUGGAAAUCACGAACCAGGAGACGUGGACAUGCAUGACGCCCCGGGUUCGGUCAAGGAAGAACAUGAGAACUCCUUGUUCGUGCACGACCCUUCGUUCGACCAGGCUUCAGUGGCUUAUAGCCACUCCGGAUCAUCGAACGGGCCUCAAGCUUUUGGCUCUGUUAUGGGCAGCAAUGAUGGUAAUGGCAGCAACAACGGCGGCGCUGUGCCUCGUUCGGACGAGAGCAGUUUGUUUGUCAGAUCGGAGUACGCCGUCGAUCUGACUGGAGAUACCGACACUGAGUAG